AUGAACUAUACACAGCAGCUGCAUCAAAAAAUUCGCUUGGUUAUUUGGUCAGCCAAGCAACAAUUAGACAAAUUUUUAGCUAAUAUUUCAUUUCUUUUGAUGCCAGGCACCCAUGAUAUCGUAGUAUGUCUUGAUGAUGGUAGUUUCACAACAACAAUUAAUGAUGUUCCGGAAGAUAUCAAAGUUAAAGAAUUUAUUAAGUAUAUCAAAAGAAUACCUGAGUUAAAAGCAAAUAAAUGCAACUAUAUAGUCAAAAUUGGUGAUAAAAUUUUAUCAAAUGAUGAUUUGAUUCAAACAGAUUCGAUCAUUUUAUCCAAAGAAGUUAAACAAGAAUCAGAACAAUUAACUCAGGUUAAAAAGAUCAAUUUCAGACUAUUUUGCCUUAUUUGUUUGAUUUUGAUUGAAUCAUUAAUAUUAAAACAUGCACUAGUAGGCAUAACAGCAUAUUCAAUAGGUAUUAUUGUUAUAAUAUCCAUUUCAAAAUUCAGUUCCGACAGUGACUCAUUUCUCACACAAUUAUCGAGUGGUAUUCAUCUAUUCAUCUAUUCUAUCUUUCCUGACUUUCAAUUAGAAAAUGCAGCAGCACCCCAAAUAAUGAGAGAAUGA